ACAAUCAUUCACGUGGAUAACCACACUUCGUGUCAACUGAGUUUAGAACAAAAAUAUAUACUAUCCCAUCUACUAAAAGAGUAUUUUGAUUCUUGAAAAUAAUAUUCUUAUGCAACAAUAUGACUGCCAAUGCGAUAUUCCAAAUUAUGUCUUCGUUUUCCUCAUCACCACCUACUUUAGCAAUGAAUUCUCAGAAAGUUCCAACAUUCAAAAUCUCACCCAAUUCUCAAAAACCCGCCAUUAUCCCUUCUCUCAAACAAAUUUGCCGGCAAGGCAACUUCAAAGAAUCAGUUUUUACCCUCUCUAAUUUAAUUGAGACUAGUGCAUUUGAAAAAGCUUUACUACAAGGCCAACAAAUCCAUGCCCAUGUCCUCAAACUGGGUUUAUCCGGUGAUGAUGCAGUUUUCUUGAACACCAAGAUUGUUUUCAUGUAUGGUAAGUGUGGGUCAAUUGGUGAUGCACAGAAGGUGUUUGAUAGAAUGACUAAAAGAACUGUCUUUACUUGGAAUGCUAUGAUUGGUGCUUGUGUUGUAAAUGGGGUGCCUAUUAGAGCAAUUGAGUUGUAUAGGGACAUGCGUUUCUUGGGUGUUGUUUUAGAUGGUCAUACUCUUUCUAGUACAUUGAAGGCAACUAGUCAGCUUGAAAUUUUGUACUGUGGAAGUGAAAUACAUGGGGUCGCGAUAAAACUUGGUCUUAUUUCUAAUGUUUUUGUGGUGAACUCACUAGUGACUAUGUACACCAAGUGCAAUGAUAUCAGGGCAGCAUCAUUGUUGUUUAAUGGAAUGAGUGAAAAAGAGGACGCUGUUUCAUGGAAUUCUAUGAUUUCUGCUUAUACUAUAAAUAGGAUGAAUCGGGAAGCUUUAAGUCUCUUCAUUGAAAUGCUGAAUGCCAGUGUUGAACCUACCACAUAUACCUUUGUUGCUGCAAUUCAAGCAUGUGAGGAGACAAAUUUUGGAAAAUUUGGGAUUGAGAUUCAUGCUGUUGUUCUGAAAUUGGGUUAUUCUUUUGAUACAUAUGUGGUGAAUGGUUUGUUAAUGAUGUACAUUAAAAACAAUAGAUUAGAUGAAGCUGCUAAAAUAUUCUUCCAUAUGCAAGAAAAGGACAACAUUUCUUGGAAUUCCAUGAUAUCAGGUUAUGUACAGAACGGACUUUAUGAUGAAGCGAAUAAUUUGUUUCAUGAGAUGAAGAAUGCAGGUCAGAAACCUGACCACGUCUCACUUAUGAGUAUGCUUGUCGCAUCUGGAAGACAGGGAAAUUUGUUAAUUGGGAUGGAAAUUCAUGCCUUCUCACUGCGAAAUGAUUUGGAUAGUGAUUUGCAGGUUGGUAAUACUCUUGUAGAUAUGUAUGCCAAGUGUGGUAAGUUAGAUUACAUGGACUAUGUCUUUGGUAGGAUGCUGCAUAGAGAUAGUGUCUCUUGGACUACAAUUAUUGCUGCUUAUGCUCAGAAUAAUUCUGCCUGGAAGGCGGUGCAAUUAUUUCGCGAGGUACUGGCAGAAGGAAACAAUGUUGAUGCACUUAUGAUUGGAAGCGUCCUCCUUGCUUGUACUGAGUUGAGGUGCAACUUACUUGCAAAGGAAAUUCACUGCUAUGUGAUUAAAAGAGGAAUAUAUGAUCCUUUUAUGCAGAAAACUCUUGUGAGUGUUUAUGGAGAUUGUGGGAACGUGGACUAUGCAAAUAGUAUUUUCAGGUUGAGUGAAGUUAAAGAUGUUGUGUCAUUUACAAGCAUGAUGUGCAGUUAUGUUCAAAAUGGACUUGCAAACGAGGCUCUUGGUCUCAUGCUCUGUAUGAAUGAAAUGGCAAUUGAGGCAGAUUUUGUUGCAGUCCUAAGCAUGCUCACUGCUGCUGCUGAUCUAUCUUCCUUAAGGAAAGGAAAAGAGAUUCAUGGAUUUUUGGUUAGAAAAGACCUCCUUCUGCAAGAUUCUAUUAGAAGCUCUCUAAUAGAUAUGUAUGCCAGCUGUGGGACUCUGGAGAACUCAUAUAAGGUGUUUAAUUAUUCAAAGAGCAAAGAUCCAGUUUGUUGGACGAGCAUGAUAAAUGCUUGUGGAUUACAUGGUUGUGGUAGGAAAGCAAUUGAUAUAUUCAUGAGGAUGGAGAAGGAAAAUAUUCACCCAGAUCACAUAACCUUCUUGGCUGUUCUUCGUGCAUGUAGCCAUGCCGCGCUAAUAGAGGAUGGCAAAAGAAUUUUCAAGAUAAUGCAAAGCAAGUACGCAUUGGAGCCUUGGCCAGAACACUAUGCUUGUUUUGUUGAUUUGCUUGGACGUGCAAAUCACUUGGAAGAGGCAUUCCAAAUUGUAAAAACAAUGAACUUGGAGGAUAUACCUGCCGUCUGGUGUGCUCUCCUUGGUGCUUGUCAGGUAUACGCCAAUAAAGAGUUAGGAGAAAUUGCUGCAAUGAAGCUUCUUGAACUAGAGCCCAAGAAUCCAGGAAAUUAUGUUCUUGUAUCUAAUGUGUAUGCUGCGACUAAUAGAUGGGACGAUGUGGAAGAAGUCAGAGUUACAAUGAAAGGAAAAGGGCUAAACAAAGAUCCUGCAUGUAGCUGGAUAGAGGUAGGAGAUAAGGUUCAUACAUUUGUUGCUCAAGAUAAGUCGCACCCAGAGUGUGAUAAGAUUUAUGAAAAAUUAGCUCAUCUUACUGAGAAAUUGGAGAAGGAAGCAGGUUAUGUGGCCCAAACCAAAUAUGUUUUGCACAAGGUGGAGGAGAAAGAAAAAGUUAAGUUGCUUAAAGGACACAGUGAAAGACUAGCUAUUGCAUAUAGUUUACUUGCUAGUACUGAUAGAAACCCCAUUCGAAUCACAAAAAAUCUCCGUGUCUGUAGUGAUUGCCAUACUUUCAGUAAGCUAGCUUCAAAGUUCCUAGAGCGAGAAAUUAUAGUUAGAGAUGCCAAAAGAUUUCACCAUUUCAGGGAUGGGAUAUGUUCCUGUGGAGAUUUCUGGUGAAACUAGUAGUUGGUUAUUCUGUAAAGAACUUCAUGAUGAUAACUAACUCUACUGCUUGGUAACACCCACUUAUAAGACGUACUCAACAUCUAUGAGAAGCUUCUGCUGAGGGUGGAGGAUAUUUUUUCAUAUGGUGCGGCAUGGAUAUCAAAGGUGCCGAGGAAGGUUGCUUCACGUGGUUAGCUACUAGAGGGGUGAUUUUUACGGAAGAUAACCUUAGAAAGUGAAAGGCUAUCUACAUGAGCUGGUCUUCCCUAUGUAAGGAGACUGAUGAGGAACAUAGAUCAUACUCCGUUGUAUUGCAAAUUAGCCACGAGGUUAUGGGAGGAUAUGUUUACAUGGUUUGGCAUCACUUAGGUAAUGCCAAGAUCCGUAUAGGAGUUGAUGUUCAGUAUAAAGAGUGGAGCUAGGAGAAGAAGGCACAAGGCACGUAAUGUUACCACUCUAGCUCUAAUGUGGAUCAUUUAGAAAGAGAAAUAGGAGAGUUUUUGGAAGGGGUGGAGAUGAACUUUGCUCAAUUCAAAAUUAGUUUCCGGUAUCUUAUUUUCUUUUGGUGCACCCAGUAGUUCCCGAUUGUAUAGAGGAUUAGGUGCCUUUUGGAGAGAACCAUAUUUUUUAGGUCUCUCCUUAUUUUUCUUUUUUUCGUAUAUCUCUUGUAUACACGGCCAAAUUGGCCUUGUUAUUAUCAAUGAAAAACUUGAUAAAAAAGAAGACAUGCUCAGCAUAUUUUUCAAUUAGAGAUGUUAGUUCUUGACAUGUCCUCUUGCAGUGAGCUAAAGACAUAUUAGUUCAGAGAACUUGGAGGUGGUUGGAGUCUUUGGCAACUCUGAGGAGCUCAUGAGGUCCACUACAAAUCAAGACUCCUCUUUCUAAAUAAAGGUGUGUUUUUCAUAUAAAUGUUCCAUGUCAAUCUGUUGGAAGGCGACUUUUAAUUGCUGAGAAUUCAGAGACUGGCUAAAUUUACCAUGGUGAUCUAGAUCUAUUGUCCUGCUUGUGCUUACAGUUUGACAUGCAUCAGAUCACACCUCUUUAUUAAAUCAGAGUCAAGUUGAGAAUGAACUCAAAACAAUUGCAGACUAUAAUAACUGUUGUUUGAGUGUCACAGCUCUUCAACUUGUCCUCUCCUUAGACUAUCAGCAUUGGUAUUACUCAUGGCAUGAAAACUGUAAUCCAAGUUCAAGAGCCAACAAUACGAAAAUGUUCAGGAAAUGGGAAAAGUUAAAUUGCGUUAAAGAUUAACUUAUUGACUAAAAGCAACUGAUGCUGGAAUAUGGUGUACAUGGAUCAAGUUGAUCUCAUACAGACGUCAUAAUGUGAAAUCUUGUGGAAGAAUAGUUUUCCACAUUAUCAGAAAUGAUAGAAUAAUACAGCUUAAUCUAAAGAAAUUUCAUGAACCAACUCACUAGUGUAUGAUGGUCAGCAAGCCAAUGUUUUCCAUUUGCAUCGUCGUGUUUUAUUAAUUCAGUAUGAUAUGUUAUCUGGUUUGAUAUACAUUGUCUUGUUACUGUAUUGAUUUUCAAAUUGAGUGGAUUGUAUCUAAUCUUCCAUUUCUGCAUCAGAAUUGGAUACCAUAACCUGGUUUUUACUUAUUCAAGUCAAAUGGUAAGAACAGAAACUGCUGACAUUGACAUUGAAUAACUACCAAAUUGCUUAGUGUGAUUUCAGAUUGCAGGUUCAGCGCUUUUGUUAAAGUGCAAUGUCAGCAACCAAUCAUGUAGCUGGAUUCGGUUCCUUACUUAGCCUAAGGAAGAGGAGCGGUGCAGCCCUUCGUAUACCUUGUUGGUUUUAGAGACCAGUUCACUGCUGAUAUUAUAAUGCACUAACAGGGAGUUGGUGAACCUGUCUAGCGCUUGUAAUCAAAUCAUACACUGUUUGUCUGAGAGAAAUAAAGAACUUAUCAGGGAUAGACUCUUUUUUUUUUUUUGGUUUUUCACCCGGUGUCCGGUGCCUACAUUGAGCCCUAACUAAAUCCGAAUAGCGCACAGUUUUGAUGUUGCAGAAAACCAGUUUGGAGUGUUAUUCAUGUGUUUUGUCUCA